ACCAUUUGGAAGUUGUUGUCGUUAGUGUUGGUGUCGGCGUUUGACUAAAAUUAUUGUCGGAACUAGUGACAAUUGUGAAAAAUGCAAUAGAUCGAAAAGUAUAUGUUCCUGUUUGUUUAUUGUGUUUUCCUAUUCAGUGUUUGACGUGUUUUAUUUCUUUAAUAAUGGCUUUGGGCAAUGGGAGCACAACUAAUGGGGGUGUUACCCAAGAAAAAGCCCCAGUGGUCAAUGGGACUAACAUGGAAACUCUGCCCAGGACAGGAAAACAGACUGAUCCAAACACAGCAUUCCUCAGGGCAGCCAGAGCAGGACAACUAGAUAAAAUUAUAGAAUAUCUAGAUUCUGGUACGGUUAGGGAUAUUAAUACGUCAAAUGCUAAUGGUUUGAAUGCCCUUCAUUUGGCGUCAAAAGAUGGUCACAUAGAAAUUGCUCGAGAAUUAUUAAAACGGGGUGCUAUUGCAGACGCAGCGACCAAAAAAGGAAAUACCUCAUUACACAUAGCUUCUCUCGCCGGUCAAGAAGAAAUUGUUCGACUGCUAGUUCAACAUGGUGCUGCUUUAAAUGUUCAAUCCCAAAAUGGUUUCACUCCACUAUAUAUGGCAGCACAAGAAAAUCACGAUGGCUGUGUACGAUAUUUGUUAUCUAAAGGAGCUAAUCAAGCAUUAGCAACGGAGGAUGGAUUUACGCCAUUGGCAGUUGCAAUGCAGCAAGGUCAUGAUAAAGUGGUUGCUGUACUAUUGGAAAACGACACUCGGGGCAAAGUCCGUCUACCCGCCUUACACAUCGCUGCCAAAAAAGAUGACGUCAAAGCUGCCUCUCUUCUCCUACAGAACGAACAUAACCCCGACGUCACUUCGAAAAGCGGAUUUACGCCUUUACACAUCGCAGCUCAUUACGGAAACGACAAAGUUGCUUCUCUUUUAUACGAAAAAGGAGCUGACGUAAAUUAUACUGCAAAACACAACAUCACUCCCCUUCACGUAGCCAGUAAAUGGGGUAAAAUUAAUAUGGUAUCCCUGUUAGUGGCGAAAGGAGCUGAUAUCCAAGCAAAAACUCGAGACGGUUUAACACCAUUACAUUGUGCAGCUAGAAGUGGACAUGAUCAUGUUGUUGACUUAUUAUUAGAAAAUGGAGCUCCCAUGCACGCUAAAACAAAGAAUGGUCUCGCACCUUUACACAUGGCAGCUCAAGGUGAACAUGUUGAUGCAGCUAGAAUUCUUCUUUAUCACGGUGCCCCAGUUGAUGAAGUCACCGUAGAUUAUCUGACAGCCCUUCACGUUGCAGCUCAUUGUGGACACGUUAGAGUUGCCAAACUAUUAUUAGACAGAGGAGCAGAUCCAAAUGCUAGAGCGCUUAACGGUUUUACACCUCUUCAUAUAGCAUGUAAAAAAAAUAGAAUAAAGGUCGUGGAACUACUGUUGAAGCAUGGAGCUAGUAUUGGAGCUACAACAGAAAGUGGCUUGACUCCUCUUCACGUUGCUAGCUUUAUGGGAUGUAUGAAUAUUGUUAUUUAUUUACUACAACACGAUGCUAGUCCUGAUAUACCCACUGUUCGAGGAGAAACUCCUCUUCAUUUGGCAGCUAGAGCUAAUCAAACCGACAUAAUACGUAUACUUCUUCGAAAUGGUGCCGCUGUAGAUGCAAAAGCAAGAGAAGAACAGACACCACUUCACGUUGCUUCUAGAUUGGGAAAUGUUGAUAUUGUUAUGCUGUUACUUCAACAUGGCGCCCAACCUCAAGCUAUGACAAAGGAUCUAUACACUCCACUUCAUAUAGCUGCAAAAGAAGGACAAGAAGAGGUCGCUUCAGUUCUCCUAGAUAAUGGAGCAGAUUUAACUGCCACAACUAAAAAAGGCUUUACUCCUCUCCAUCUCGCUUCCAAAUAUGGUCAUCUCAAUGUUGCCAGGCUUUUAUUGCAAAGAGAUGCUCCAGCUGACGCCCAAGGAAAGAACGGAGUAACUCCACUACAUGUAGCAGCUCAUUAUGAUCACCAACCGGUGGCACUUUUAUUAUUAGAUAAAGGUGCAUCACCACAUGCUAUUGCCAAAAAUGGACAUACACCUCUACAUAUAGCUGCUCGUAAAAAUCAGAUGGACAUCGCGACGACUCUUCUCGAAUAUGGAGCUCAAGCAAAUGCUGAAUCUAAAGCUGGUUUCACGCCUUUACAUCUGAGUUCUCAAGAGGGUCAUUCUGAUAUGUGUUCUUUAUUAUUAGAACACCAAGCUAAUGUAAACCAUAUGGCCAAGAAUGGACUCACUCCUCUUCACUUGUGUGCUCAAGAAGAUCGAGUACCAGUAGCUCAACUUUUGCUUCGAGCUGGAGCUCAAAAAGAUGCACAGACUAAACAAGGAUACACGCCACUUCAUAUUGCUUGUCAUCAUGGUCAUAUUAAUAUGGUGCGUCUUUUAAUUGAGCAAGGAGCUGAUGUAAAUCCUGCGACUUUGGCAGGUUAUACUCCGCUCCAUCAAGCUGCUCAACAAGGACACGUUUUGGUCAUCACUUUACUAUUGAAGAAUAAGGCCGAUCCUAAUGCAUUGACAAACAAUGGGCAAACUGCCUUAGGAAUAGCAAACAAACUGGGUUACAUCAGUGUUGUGGAAGAACUUAAAGUCGUUACAGAAACAAAUGUUACAACGAUGGUAACAACUAAUAUUGAAGAAAAAUAUAAGGUUGUCGCACCUGAAGCAAUGCAGGAAACGUUUAUGUCAGAUUCUGAGGAUGAAGGAGGCGGAGUGGACGAGCAUCCAGUUGCUUAUGGCCGACCAACGCAUGCUCAGCACAUCUAUCUACCCUUCUACCAAGGACACAUGACCUAUACACGUGAUGAUCCGCUACUAGACCAACAGCAAUACAAGUAUAUGACAGUGGACGAUAUGAAGGGUUUCGGUGAUGAAUCUAUGCGACUGGACGUUACUAGCGACGAAAAGAGCGAAUAUAAUAGAAAUUCUGUAGCUCCAUCUCAACACAGUAACGAACUGAUCAUCACUCCGCAACAUAUUAAAGAAUAUUAUUCGUCCAACAUACAUUCAGCUCCAGAUAAUGUUGAUAUCAAUCGUCAACCGAUUACAGUUGGUGUCUCCAAUUGGAAAAAUUUUUUGGUCUCAUUUAUCGUUGAUGCGAGAGGAGGUGCUAUGAGAGGAUGUCGUCAUUCGGGUGUAAGAGUAAUCGUACCUCCAAGAUGUGCUUCUAGCCCAACAAGAAUUACUUGCCGUUAUGUUAGGCCUCAGAGAACGCCAACUCCUCCACCACUAAUGGAGGGCGAAGCAUUGGCUAGCAGAUUAUUGGAACUAGGUCCUGUUGGUGCUAAAUUCUUAGGACCUGUUAUAAUUGAAGUGCCUCAUUUUGCUUCUUUAAGAGGAAAACAAAGAGAAAUAAUCGUUUUGAGGUCUGAUAAUGGUGAAACUUGGAAAGAACACACAUUAGAGGCUAGUGAAGAAGCCAUACAAGAUGUAUUGAAUCACAGUUUUGAUGGAGAAGAAUUAAGUCAAAUAGAAGAUUUACACACCAACAGAAUAACACGCAUUCUAACAAAUGACUUUCCUCACUAUUUUGCUGUCAUCUCCCGUGUCAGACAAGAAGUACACGCAAUUGGUCCAGAUGGUGGUACAGUCUCUAGUAUUGCGGUACCACUUGUUCAAGCAGUCUUCCCUCCUAACGCUCUAACAAAGAAAAUCAGAGUUGGUUUGCAGGCACAAGCGAUUGAACCUGAACUUGUUUCCAAACUCCUCGGCCAUGGAGUGGCAGUAUCUCCAAUCGUGACUGUAGAACCAAGAAGACGGAAGUUCCAUAAAGCUAUUACUUUGAGUAUGCCAGCUCCAAAAGCUCACACUCAAGGCAUGAUCAACCAAUAUCAAGGUGCUACAAACGCUACACUUCGACUGUUGUGUUCUAUUACAGGUGGUCAAAAUAAAGCUGUAUGGGAAGACGUAACUGGCUCAACACCUUUGACUUUCGUAAAAGAUUGUGUUUCAUUUACAACAACUGUCUCCGCGCGAUUUUGGCUCAUGGAUUGCAGAAAUGUUACCGAUGCUGCAAGAAUGGCCACAGAACUAUAUAAUCAGGCAAUGCACGUUCCAUUCAUGGCAAAAUUCGUUGUAUUCGCCAAAAGAGUAUCACCAGUGGAGGCAAGGUUGAGAGUAUUUUGCAUGACAGAUGACAAAGAAGACAAAACGUUAGAACAUCAAGAACAUUUCACUGAAAUUGCAAAGAGUCGAGAUGUAGAAGUAUUAGAAGGGAAAGACGUGUUUAUGGAAUUCGGUGGUAAUGUAGUUCCCGUAUUACAAUCAGGAGAUCAACCAAAACUGGGUUUCAAAGCAUUUAGAGAAAAUCGUUUGGCGUUUACUGUGAGACUACGAGAUCAGGAUGAAGAAUCUUCUGGGCGCAUUAUAUUUAUGAGCGAUGCUAAGGUAGCAAGAGGCGAACCUAAUCAAAUUCCGCUUUGCACUCUAAACCUCGUUCUACCGAAAGAUGUUUUGCCUAGUAGAGACUCUCAAUCAGAUCUACUUUCCUUGGAUAAAGAUCACAGCUAUCUCAUGCACGGAGGCAUCAGCAAACCUGAUACAAUUCAUAGAGCCGAUUUCAGAUUAACUGAUAUUUGUAACUUGCUCGAUGACGAUUGGGAAAAACUAGCUUUGGAAUUGGAUAUUCCACCGUCGGAUAUUGAACUUAUCAAAGAAGAAUAUCCUGAAAAUCAUCCCCAACAAGCUAUGAUUAUGUUCCGGCUAUGGUUAAGACAAAAAGCUAAUAAAGCCACUGGAAAUAAAUUGGAACAAGCUUUAAAUAAAAUAGGAAGGCAAGAUAUUGUCAACAAAUGUAUAUGCAAUGUGGAAUUAGUGACCGACGAUAUGGAAAAGGCAUUAGCUAAACUUCAUUUGGAUCAAUCUGGAUUUGAUAAUUUGAAGGAAGAAUUGGGACCAUCCCGCGAUGCCUCUCUUAGACGUGAUGCACAUGUGGAUAAAACUUUCGGAAACAGUCAAGAUGAAUUGGAUCAAAGUGCUAAAAUAGAAAUUGUUGAAAUUCAAAACGCCGCCAAUAAGACACCCUUGACGAACGAACAUUUUGUUGACAAAAUCGAACAUUCAACUCCUCUGAAAUCUGAGCAUAAAGUUAUCGAGGAAAUUGCCCAGCAACUUAACGAAUUACAUCCAACCCCAAAAAUUAGUGAUCCCCUUGCUAUUACUCCUCCUCCUAGUCCUGCCGAGUUCGGUAUCAAUGAACCAAUUUUGAAUAAUAUACAAAUGAGCCAAAAUGAGGCCGUCGAAGGCACACCAAAACCACAAUCAAACGAAACUGUCUCCGCCACAAGCGAUCCGUUCAAGAUAGAACCAUCAGAGGAAAAAAGGAUAGCUACUCUAAGAAAAAAUGUUCAUGAUACUUUAACUUUCUUACAUCAAGAAAGAAAUGAUUUUCUAUCUGAAGAUGAUAUAAUCAUUCCUAGUCGAAAAGAUGACCACAUCUCUAAACAAAUUAAUCUAGAUAGUAUCCAUUUGAAGACUCCUAAAAGGUCUUCUAGCGAUUAUGACGACAGUUUCCGUGAAACGGUAGAAAAUGAAGUAGAUGAUGUUAUUAAAGAAGCUGAAGAAAUCGUUAACAAUAGAUUAAGUAAUUCUGAUACACUCUUAGAAGAUAAAUUUAGUAAAAACUUUACUAAUAAAGAUUUAGACGAAAAAGCUGAUAGUAUAUUUGACGAUGUAAGAACAAAUACCGAAGAUUCGCUAGAUAAUUUAGAAAGCCUUAAGGAGGAUUCAAUUUCUGUAAUACAAGAAAAAAGCGAAGAAGCUUUUAGAUUUUUAGAAAAUGAAGCUUCUAGCCCAUUAACCAAUAAAUUUGAGGAUAGUAGAUCAUUCAUAGAACGGGAAAUAGAAUAUUCAUUGUCAGAUGAUAUAUCUCAAAAAUCUCCUAAGACUCCUAAGAGCUCUAUACCAGUAGCGAAACCGAGAAAAAGUGUACAAAAUGAAAAAAUAGAAAUUAUCGAAGAAAGGGCAGUUUCACCAACUGAUUCAGAAUUACUAUCCAAAAUACCUAUAAUUAAAGGAGGAAAAGUAAAAACUAUAAAAAAACAUUCAAAAGAUCCUUUAAAAGAAUUUGUUAAUCUAUCUAGAGACGUUAAUUGGGAUGAUGAUAUUGAAACAAACAAAAUGAUAGAAACGGUAACAACAGAUCCUAUAGUAAAGACGACGGUUACAAGAAUAACUACUGAAACGAUACCCGACAAUGCAAAGAGUAAAAUACCUAUCCCACAUCCAGAUGUAUUACAUUUAACUAAUACGACUAGUGAACCAUUAGAAUUGGAAGGAUCACCAAAAAGUAAAAUACCCGUAUUCGUAACUGAAACAACUAGACUUACAUCUCCUGAAACAGUACAAUUAGAAAAAUCCGUGCUAUCGCCAGAUGGUGUACGAAUAGUUGAAUCGACUACUUCAGUAAACUCUCCAGGAUCAAAAGUAUCGACGAAGAGUAGCACAUUAGAUUCCGAAUCAGACGAUGAUAGCAGGCGGAGUCCUUUGAAGGGAAUACUUAAGAAAACUCACGUAAGAACUAUCGGAAGCUCGAGUGGAUCUGAUAUAGCUCUGCACGAAGAGGGAGCUGAACUGAGCGAAGACGAAUCAGAAGACUUCUAUCAGCAAGAACCGCAGUUUACUGUCGUCACACAAGAGGUAGUUGAUCCUGUUACAGGUGCAAAAAUUACUCGAACGAUCAAAACAGCUACACAAUUCAUCACAUCUCCACUGACACAAAGUGAAACGGACUUGAGACAUUCAAUGCAAACUACUUUGGAUCAAUUUAUGGAACAGGAGCGGAAUCCACAUUAAUUUUUUUCUAUUAUAUUCGUUUUGCGACAAUAUAAUGGUUACUUAAAACUUUCAAAAGCCACCGAAAAUAUUUCAAUGAAAAAUAUUCACACAAGUGCAUGUGUGUAUUAUAUAAGUUCCGCUUGAAGAUCAUUAUGCAUAUGAAAAAUACAAAGGAACUAAACUUCAUCGGUAAUCAUUUAAACAUACAGGGUUUGUCCGCAAAGUAAGGACUGAGUCGAUUUAAAAAAAUUUAUUGAGCCAAUCGUUACAAUUCUUUAAAAAUUUUCAAAAUAGGCUCCUGCUGCCAGCACGAUUUCCAAGCAUUGAAGGCGUCACGGAAGGCAUUCUCCGGAAUAUCCUUGAUAGCCGCGGUGCAUGCUGCUUGGAUCCCCUCUGUCGUCUCGAAAUGCUUGCCUUUCAUCGGCCUUUUCAGGCGAGGAAACAAAAAAAAUUCCGGGGGGGACCACAUCUGGGCUGUAGGGCGGCUGCGGAAGCGUUGAAAUGCCGGCCUUAGUCAGGUAGCUGUUCACAAGAAAGGCGGUGUGAGCCGGGGCGUUGUCGUGGUGCAACUUCCACUCUGCUGCGAUGUCUUGUCGGACCCGAUUGACCCUUCGUUUGAGUCUCUUGAGCACUUCCACGUAAAACUUUGCGUUGACGGUUUGUCCAGGAGGAACAAAUUCAUGGUGGACGAUGCCUUUGAUGUCAAAAAAGACAAUGAGCAUCGUUUUCACUUUGGAUUUGCUCAUUCUUCCCUUUUUUUGGGCGAGGAGACGCCGGUGUGUGCCACUCGGAAGAUUGCCUCUUUGUCUCGGGAUCAUACUCAAAGCUCCAUGACUCGUCACCUGUGAUUACGUUAUUCAAAAAUUGGGGGUCACUUUCACACGUUCGAAUUUUCUUGGCACACUUCCACUUGGCACGCCGCAAUUUCUGGUCGUCAGUGAGCACUUUUGGGACCAUCUUCGCGCACACCUUGCGCAUGUUCAAAUGCUCCAUCACAAUGUCAUGAACCACAGAUUUUGGUAAAUUUAACAUCUGGGCAAUCAAACGAAUACUUAGUCGACGGUCUGUGUUCAAAACUUUGCGCACACGAGUCACAUUGUCGGUGUUUGACGAAGUCGAAGGUCUUCCAGCACGGUCUUCAUCGGCGACCUCUUCCCGGCCCUCCAAAAGACCUGGUGCCACCGAAACACACCACUUCUUGCUAAAGCAACAUCUGGGUUCAAGCCUGCUUGAUCAUAUCAAACGUCUCUGUCGCAGAUUUACAGAGUUUCACACAGAAUUUAAUCGCGUACCUCUGCUCUAACGAACGCUGCAUUUUCAGCUUGCACAACUCACAGAAACACGUCGCGCGAAAAUGCCUGUCCUGGCUCUCCAGGUGCUCAGAGACAACUGACCAGCCGCUCGUUUGUUAGCUAGGAACGCCCUCUAUCGAAUCCAGUCGGUGCGCGCACGCUCUGAAGUACAAUCGCGACGGAAGAAAAUCAGUCCUAUUACUUUCCGGACAAACCCUGUAUAUCUCAAUUACAGUGGAUUAAACGGACUAAUUGUCGUCGUUAGGGAUUCGGAUAAUCGGAUUUAUGAAGAAAAGCGGGUUUUGUGCGUUUUGUCCGCCUGCAACGUGCCGUAGAAGUAAAAUUCCUGCGUCGGUCUGAGAGACCGAUAUUUAAAAAGUCAAAUAAUAUUGUCAGUUGUUAUUUUUUUUGCGGUAACGUUAUACAUCUUUUAUUAAGCUUCGCUAAAUUUUUGAUACAUUUUAUUAUACUUUUGUGGCACAAAAUAACCAUGUAAUUAUACAUACCAUAGAACAGCAUUAUAUUUGAUAAUGGGCAUACAUAAAACAAAAUAAUAUUUUUCAGUUGACAAACGUCUAGGAGGAUUAAUUUAAUGUACAAACUAAACAGAAAAUAUGUUUUAUUAUUCAUAUAAGUAUAUUUAGACUCACAUUCAUAACUGGAACUACUCAUCGGUAUCUUCCCCUGUAUAACAGUCAUGACAAAUUUCAUUGAGGUGUUCUAAGCAAAGGAACCGGCUACAUUUUAGGCAUUUGUACCUGGUUUUUCUAUUUUUCUUGGACAAAUAUAGCAGACAUCGGUCAUAAAUUUGAUUUUGGUUAUCAAGAACAUUUUCAGCUUCUUUUCCACAUAUUUCCCGGAGGCGCAAUCGAAUUGUACAUGAAAGUCUCUUAUUUGUAGAUCUUCUUAAAAUAUGAUCCUGUACAAGCUCAUAUCCUAAUUGCUCUUAAAAUUUUUGGCGUCGAAGUGAUGAUUGGUUGUUGCUCUUGAAGACUAUACAUGAAUUAAUACCUGCCACAUUCAAAAGUUCAUAAAAAACAACAAGUGGCCAUCUACGAGUUGCUCGUGCACAGUUGUAAGCUUCAAACAUUUGGUUCACUACAUCGAUACCACCUUUUGUGUGAUUGUAAUCUAUGAUUAUUUCAGGCUUUCCCGUUGUUGUAUCCAAUUUAUCACCAUGGUGCAUCGUUGACAAAACAAUGACACAUUUGUUCUUACUUGGAACGUAGGACGCUAAAGUGCACGUUUCGUCAAAGGCAAACAUUAAACUCUUCUCUGGUCUUCGGGUCAUAAGUUCUGAAGGUAUCUGUGGCUUAUUCUUACGCAUUGUACCUAUUAUUGUCAGAUGAUAAUCACGCAAAAGUGUGUCGGCAACAACGUUACUUGUAAAAAAAUUGUCCAUUGUUAUAUUGCUUCCACGGACAGGUUCACAUAACCGACAAACUAGUGCAAGAUUCGUAUUGUCAACAGCAAGAGGUCCUUGUGGUUGUUAUCCUAAGUAUACUUCCAACUUGAUUACAUAAAAUAAUUUAGCAUCAUCUAAGGCAUAAAUUUUUAUAACUUACCGAUUUGGCUUGUUUGGUAUGUAUACCUUGAAUGUAUAACGACCUCUAAAUGAAGCUAAUACUUCAUCUAUAGUUAGAUAAGCUGAAGGAAUAUAAAUAGUUCUUGGGUAAAUUUGAUACAAACUCGUCAAAAAUCUCACAAAAUGCAGCAAAUUUCUAAUUUAAAUAUUUCCAUCGCCAUCUCGUUUCCUCUAAAUAAAUCGUCAAUAUUUUGCCGGCCACUUUUGUUAGCACCAGAAAUGUAUAGUAGACCAAUAAAGGCUUUCAGUUCUAUUGGAUCGGUGGUGUUAUGAGUCCUUAGUGUCAUAUAAUUUAUGUACUCAUUCGAGUAAGAAACUAUUUUUUCUAACAUAGUGCUCGUCAUGAAUAUUCCCAUAUUUCAGAUGCUUUUUUUCAAUUUAAUUUCGCCCUUUGUCAUGUCACAUUAGGAGGCAAAAAUUUUACUUUAAACUUUCCAUUUUCUCUUUCUAACAAUUCAACCGAAGGAUGUGUUGGAUCAUUAUCCAAUAAAAGUAGUGCAAGUAGUGAAUUGGUAACUGAGAAUUGCUAUCUGGGGUCGAUAUUAAGUAGCACUGUGGCAAUUGAUAAUUCUAUUUCCACUAGAAACAGAUUGUUCCUAUAUUUUCAUAUAUAGAGGAAUGAAACUAGUAUUUUCAACAGAGGUGUUUAAGAAAGGAAUAUAUGCACAUGCACUUAUCAAAAUUACUUUACCUAAAAUUCGACUUUGUUGAAUUACUGUUUUCGGUAAACUAUUAUUUUUUCAAUAUUCGAUUCUAGAAUUUUUAUAUGACCAAUUUUCAAAGUUGUGAGAUUUUUAAAUGUUUAUUGUAUAGCAAGUUAUUAAUUAAAAGUAAUUUAGAUAUAUAUUGUAUAUUUUACUAUUUUAAAACACUUUAAUAUCUAUUUAUUAACAGGAGACAGAGAUUAUCAUAGUUAAAGUAAUUUCAAAAUUUAAUGAUCAAAAUGUAUAUUGAAAAAUUUAAACUUUCUAAUUAAUUUCUAGUAAUUGUGAUAAACUCUGCAUUAAGUGUUCAGCUUAAAUAAAUUCCAAUUCGAAAAUGAGUAAUUUUUAGAAGGUUACAUAAUAUAUAGCUCAUAGAUUACGGUUUUUACUUAAAAUUAUUUUAGGUAAAUGAUUCUUUUUCAGUAUCCUAUCUCAUUAGGGAGUAUAUAGGUGCAUUCAGUUUAUUAAAUCGAGGGGUACUAAUGUUUCUGUCAUAGUAUAUAGGUGUAAAAGUUUUAUUGGUAGUUAUCUAGAUUACCCUCAGAUUUCGUUAAAAUUUUGGUAUUAUAGAGAAAAUAAAGCUGAACAAUAGAGCACGGUACCAUCCCUUCAGGUACUUUUUUUCGUUUAGAAAUGAAAUAAUAAUAAUAAUAACCUAGCCUAACUUAAAAAUUAUUACAAUUUUUAGGUUAGGUUACUAUUUGAUUCUUCAAAAUGAACAAAGUACCUCAAGGGAUGGUUUCCGCACCCUAUAUAUAUAUGUUUAUUUAGAAGCAUUAUUAUAUCAAAAGGUCCAAGACAUAAGAAAUUUAUAAUUUUCUCUAUAACAUACUAAAAUUUUCACGAAAUCGGAGGGGUAUAACCUAACCUAGAUAAUUACCGUUUUAUUAUAUAGAUAUUAAUAUAUAUUAGAGAAUUAUGCUUUAAAAAUUGAAAUUAUUGUAGAAAUUAUAUCUUUCUGUAAUAUAUAUAUUUUUUUUGGACUUAAAAUUAUUUUUUAUUUCACCACCCUUUUAUUGUAAACGAAGGGAUCCACUUUAUGUAUGGCACAGUAUUCAUACCUACAUGGUUCGUCUGUUGUAUAGUCGCAUUAUCACGAUCCUGUCGGUAGUGUAAGACUUUAUUUUCGAGCACUUUAUUUUUAUUUUUUUUUUUCGAUAUAAUCUAAGACGCACAUUUAAAUUAUAUGCUUUAAAUGGUUACAAAGUACACGCAAUAAGUUAGACUAAAAUGGGAGAUUUGUACGUUAACUGCGACCACGAUCGACAAGUUUACAGAAGAAAUGGGAUCACUGAACUAUCGAGGUUUGAACUGUUUUUGUUCUUGCAUGUGUCCAAACAUAUAUAAAAUCCAGUAAAAGUUACGAUUGUAGGACCGGAGGAUAGUAAUCCUGUCACAUUACAAGAUAUUACUAAUUUAAUUGAUGGGGAAAGGAAAUCAAUUUACAAUACCAUAUACAGUUAUAUACUCUGAAUUUAGUGAUGAUGAUAUUACGUCAAAUCAACCAGGAUUGUCGAAAGAAAGUAAAUUUGAUAACAACUUAAUUGAGAAGGAAAAUAUUCAUCCAAGUAAAAUCAUAAAAGGGUCUAUGUCUUAGUAAAAAAAUGCAGUUCUAAAAACAAAUACAUUUUCCUUAGAAAAGCAUUAAGUGAAGUAGACGAAGACGGAGGAGAAUAGUUUUCUUAAGGUCUUUGAUGAUACCGGAAAAACAUUUAAAUUGUUCGAAAGCGAUGUAUCAUAUACGUACAUGUUUGUUUUAAAGUUUUGAAGUCUAAUUGUUAUAAAAAAGAAAGUUUUAUGAUCAAAGUUUAUAAAUUACUUAUAUAAGUACAACUAUGUUACUAUUACUUUUCUAUUCCUAAUUUUAAAAGAGUAUAGUUAGUUUUUUAUAACAAGUUGGUACUUAAUCGUUUAUUUUAUAUGUCACAUAUAUACUACUUUUAUUUACAAACAACAACUUAGUUAUAUUUCUAUAAUUUCUAUGAAUUUAAGUAAUUUAAGGAGAAAAUUAUUUCAUAAAACAUACAAAGUAACUGAGGAUACAAGUUUUACUAAUAAUUAAUAAACAAAACCAUGAUGUUGCAUGUGGAAAAUGAAAAGA